AUGGGCAAAGGGUUUCACUACACGGUCCACACUUCACUGGAUGUUGUGGAGGAGAAGAUCUCUGCAGUUGGGAAGGCUCUCGUGGAUCAGAGGGAGCUAUACUUGGGGCUGCUUUACCCCACUGAGGAUUAUAAAGUAUAUGGCUACGUUACCAAUACGAAAGUAAAAUUUGUUAUUGUGGUGGAUUCUUCCAAUAUCGCUUUGAGGGACAAUGAAAUCCGCAGUAUGUUCAGAAAACUGCAUAACUCCUACACAGAUGUCAUGUGCAAUCCAUUCUAUAACCCUGGAGAUCUGAUUCAAUCCAAGGUCUUUGAUAAUAUGGUUUCGGGUAUGAUGGUUCAAGUCUGCUGAAGCCCAGAUGCGAAGUUCCUGCUCUCCUGUGCUGUAUACUAACUUCAUUAUGUUUCCAGAACAGCUUUCGGUGACACAAUAUGGUCCUGAAUAAAAUGGACCAUCACCCAAGUUACCAAUGGAUUCAGUUUUAAUUUAUGGUUUAAAGGUUUAACUAAGCCAAGUAUUUAUCACAAAAAUGACUAACAUUUGCUUCAUUCCAACAUAUUAUGUAAUCAUAGCAAGAUCUGUGAGCAAAGUAAGUUUUAGAUUUUGUAAGUCUUGAAAUUCCCCGAAACUCCAUGUGGCUUGAUUUCCUCACAUGGAGAAUGGGGUUGAUUGGCAUAAGGAGUGACUCAGAAGAAGAUACUCUUGUUGAGGAAUGCAAGUUGUGCAGAAGCAGAGAACCUUGAGGAUGAAUUGAUGAGAGCAGAGACUGUUUUACCUUGGCGUUAUAAACAGAUUUGCAUGUCCUGCCUGCAGAUCUUAGCCUGUGGGGAAUUGGAGGUUGAUGUGCAUUUGUACAAGGGCACAGAACUGUAGAUAUGAUUUCACCAGUACAGAGAUGUUAUUUGGUUAACUGAAUUCCUUACAAAUUCUACCACUUCUACCAUUGGCUCUUAGUCUCACUAAUUCAGGGAGGUAGAGUUCUAAUUGAACCUAAGCAUCUUUUCUUCAAUAUGAGAAUUGGAAGUACCCCGAUAUUUGGACAUCUGUGGGUUUCUAUCGAGAUGUUGAGGGUUUGAUAUGUUUUGUAAUAGUUUGUUAGAGAUAUAGUGAUCUAUCAAUUGAAUGUACAUUUCACUGGUAUAUCUAUUCUGAAUUAUAAAUAGAGUUUGAGCACCUUA